AACGUCCAAUCACGCAAGACUUCAAUUUUAAAUGAGAACGGACAGUUCCUUCUCCCUGUUACUGAGAUCUACAUCAGAACUGACCCCAGUACUUGGGUCAGGACUGGAGGUUCGGGUUUUGUAGGACUCUUUCACAGCCAGUCGGUUGAUUUUGAGCCCCGGCAGCUUCUCGUUGACAGCUGUUUCAUGGGAACCCAGGAGGGAGAGAGAGAUUGGGUCGAUGUGGCAAAUGAUCUCCUCAGCAAGUGUCACGUAAACCUGAGGCUGAGGAAACUGACAGACUGCCAUGCAAAUGUUUUCAUUGCUCUGUAUGAGAACAUCUUGGGAGAGAAGGUUCCAGAUUAUAUUGCAGCACCUUGCAGUCAAGAGGAUGACAUCCAUAAUGUCCAGUCUGUGAUUGAUUCACUGUCCCUGGAUUACCUGCAGAUCAGCCUCUCGCACAUUACAGGAGAAAAUGUUGUCAGAGGAGACAAAGAGUCUAUCAAAAACCUUGUGGAAAUCUUUGAUGGUUUGCUGGAAUAUCUCAAUGAAGAGAUAAGCGAGGAGUCACAGAAUGGUGAAGAACUGAAUGACAGUCUAAAUGAGGACCUCCCUGGUGGAGAGAAAGACCCAACACAUUGCAAUGCAACAGAGCAGAAGGAGGCUAAUCUGGAUGGAGCCUCUUUGUCUUCCAGUGGAGAGUCCACCAUUCAGUCCAGUAAACAUUCCCUCCAUUCCUCAAAUGCUGAAGAGGUGGGAUCAACCAGUGAAAUCGGUCUGGGAGUCUCUGCACGCACAUUCACAGCCAAACAAGACGGACUGGCUCCAGUCUCAGAUACGGUCACCACCUCGUGUCCUUUGGAGACUCAAGAGGCUCCACCGACUGAACUACUUCACUCAGCCAUCGCUCUGCAGCCUCCCAACCAGAGCAAUACUCCUCACAGGACGGACACAGACCCACCCUCACAUCCCCAUUCCACUGAAGCUGCUGGUCUCAGGCCUGAGUGCACAGAGGAAGCUGGGCCUGUCACUACAGAGACAUCUCAGAGAGUACCUGAGACAGUUGCUUCCAAUGGGAUACAGUCCCCUCCUCUUCUUUGCCAGUCACCUGUUGUGAGUGAGAAGUCCUCAUCAAGCCAACAAAGGGUGAAGACAGAUGUGGAAGGAGAGACACUAGAGCCUACUAACGGGGGUCCAAGGAGGGUUUUAUUCCGCACCCAGCCAGAUGUCCUGUUCCUGAACCUACAGGAUGAGAUGGUACCCCCCACCCCUUCUCCUCCAGACACAGAGGAGGAUGAUGAUGAUGAUGAUGAGGAGGAGGAGGAGGAGAAAGCCGAGGAGGAUAUGAGUUACACACAACGGCAGUAUGGAAGGACCAGUGACAGAGAUAGAACAGGCCUUGAAAGCAGGAUGGACACAGAAGAUGUGGACGAACCUCUGUCUUACCGUAGACAGAGGAACAAGCAGGCAGAGGAAGAACUACAUCACAUUUCUGAGAACCUCUCACAUCGACUGGAAGAACUCGAUCAGAUGCUCAAACGGGUCCUAGGUGAAACUGGUGAGUCCAGUGAGGUCAGAGAAGAAGAUAAACGAUCCCACCACAGUGACAGCGUCAUGGAGUGUCGCAGGAAUUCCAGACAGCACACAGGAGACCCAGCUCCCGAGUCCACCCACCGCACGCGCUCCCUGUCCCCGUCCCCUCCACGGGUCCGCUGCUGUCUGCAAGGGGAGGUGAAGGACACCAUACUGGACUCCAUGAACCUGGAUGAUAGGCGACAGACCAACCUCACAGUUUCUGAUACUACACGGCGAGGAGAGCUGCCCCACAGACUGUCACAUCGAAAACAUGACAAGCAUCUGGUAAAUAAUGCCUAUCAGGUGGAGCUAGACCGGUAUGAAGACAAACGACGGGCAGAUCUGCAAAGGGAACGCCUCCGAGCCCUGGAAGCUGAGCGAGAGUACAGAGAGGCCAUCCUAAGAGAUGCUUCCAAAAUCCACAGGCUGUCCCCAGCGAAAUCAAAGACCCAGCACAGGUCACAACGCAAUACAACACCAACACCAGGACGCAGGCGCCAGGACCCUCCCAGGAAAGCCCCAUCAAUGAAAGUGAAGGAGAAUGAGCUGCUCCCGGUGCUGCUGGAGGAGCUUCCUCAUCUUCAUAUCACUCCACAUGCACUGGGUCAGAUGUGGGAGCAGCAGAUGCAGCAGGUGGACAGACUCCACGCCCUCUCAGCCUCUCACAGCAAGCGUCGCAGCAAACUCUGCAGCGAGAUGGAGGAGGCCCAGAGGAGACACGACCUGCUGGCGGAGAUCGUCAGGAAAGAACAUGACCACAGCAGACGACUGAGGGACUUUAAAGAGCGCAUUCAGCAGCAGAAGUCCACCCAGAGCAGACUGAGAGAACGGAGGCAGCAGAUCGCUCGUGCCAAGAAGUACCACAACGACUACCACGUCCAGCACCGAGCGCGUCUGAUGAGGGCUCGCACCAAGGAGGAGAGGAUGUUUCGGCAGCUGUUCGAGGAGGGUUUGGAGCUCCAAAAGGUUCGAUUGAGGGAGCAGAGAGCUUAUGCCAGGGAGCAGCGACUGGAACACCAGAAACGACACCAGGACCAGAUCAAGUCCAUGGAGAACUACUACAAAGACCAAUUUUCACUACUGGCUGAAAAACUUGCACAAGAGCGACAAGAGAUCCAAGUUCGGAAAAAAGCUCAAGAAAAGGCUCUGCUGAAGAUGAAGCGGGAGCUGCGUUCCAGGAUGGAGCGUGAAAUUGGUGAACUGCAGAAGAUCAUCAUCCAGAACGAUGAGGAUGAUUACUUUCAGGAUCUGGAAGUCCAGAGGUUGCGCAAUCGGGUCCGGAUGGCGUCCUUCAAGUACAACACUAGCUAUCUGCACUGAUGGGAGCAGGAGAGGGCUGUUUGAAGCCUCUACUUUAGUCAAGACUGUCCUCUUAUGGGAGGGGCGGGCUGAGGUUUGUGCCAUUCACAACUAAAGGUACCACAUGGACACGGCUCAACAGAACCCACUCCUCAGGCACCUUCCUUCAGAGAUUUGCACAGAAGAAGAAAUUCACAAUAUUAGAACUUAAACAAACCCAGAUGCAAUACAGGCCUGCUGUUGUGUGAAGUCUACGGAGGAGCGGACUGUGUAAUGACACACACACACCAAUGAACUGAACACACUCCUACAAUAUGUAGCUAUUAGCUAAGGUAGCUAACUCUUCCUCUCACUUCUGCUGCUAUACCUGAACUUAUGGACACCUUGGACCGAGUCCCUGUCUUUCCUGGGUUUUACUACUUGAUAACUAAGAAUGUUUUAAAGUGGCACCCACACUGUGCAGUCGUCGUGUUAAGUUACUGUAGCAAGAAACUAGUAAACACGUUUUCCUUUGCCAAACAGGGACCUCCGAUGCAAAGUCUGAAUGUCACACACUGACGAGAUUUUAUAACUUCCUUCAUUUUUUCCUUUUCUGUUUGAUGUCUUCCAUUAAUGUCUGAACCAUGCCAUUGAUUAUUUAUUUUUUAACUUUGUCUUGUCUUUUGAUUUUAACCAACCUGGUGUUGUUUUGUGAUCACCAGAGGCGAAGAUAAUCAGCCUUAACUCCAUUGUGAUUGUUUUUUUAAUCUUAGACAUGGCAGUUUUGGACCAAAUGACCAACAGAUGCAAUAUUUAAAAGAAAAACAACUGACUUUCAAUUUGUGCAUCAAAAUGAACAAAUGAAUUUCUUGUCAUGUAUUAAAUGUCUGCCCUCGGUGACUAAUGUGUCAGUUAAA